AUGGCUGUUUUUGCACUUUCCAUGGUGGUUCUCUUGGCCAUGGCAGGCUUUUCAAGCGCAGCUUAUUGUGUAUGUAACUCUGCAUUGAGUGACGCAGUUCUUCAAAAGAACAUAGAUUAUGCUUGUGGAAACGGAGCUGAUUGUACUCUAAUCCUUCAAGGUGCUACUUGUUUUAACCCUAAUACAGUCAAGGAUCACUGUAAUUACGCUGUCAACAGUUAUUUCCAAAGGAAAGGUGAAGUUUCAGGGAGCUGCGAUUUCUCAAACACAGCUACCGUUAGCCAAACAGCCCCACCUGGGGCAACUUCUGUAUGUUAUGCUGGUAGCCCAAGCUCGACAACCCCAACCACCUCAUCACCACCUGGGACUGGGACUGGGACUGGGACCGGGACCGGAACCGGAACCCCUGGGACCGGAACUGGAACCGGAACCGGGACUGGGACUGGAACCCCUGGGACUGGAACCGGAACCGGAACCGGGACCGGGACCGGGACCGGGACUGGGACUGGAACUGGCAUUGGGUUGAACCCGCCGUUUGGAAUGGGCCCUACGGGACAAGACAACAGUGGUGCUGAAUCUUUCAACUGUUUGACUUUAUUGACUCUUUUGGUUCUGGGUUUGAUCUUAUGGUUAAGGUUGAUCUAA